AUGUGCACCUUCGCCAAAAGACAGAGAGACGGGUCGCGCGGCGUCGAGGGAUGGUACGGAACACCAGUACGCAGUAAAAUGGUGCACGGCAUUGAUCAAUCCCUACGGAAAUGGGCGAACACGUUCUACUUCAAUUCAGAAUCCUUGAAGGUUUAUGGAGGCGUGCGUAGCCGAGACAACGUUAGGAUCGACGCCGAAAAGUAUUCGGGACAAAUAAUCGAUGUGAAAGACUCAUCACCUAAAACUAAAGACAACGGGCGGCAAUUCAUUACAAGUGAAAGAAAGCAUCCCGGACAGUCCUCCGAAAUAGCAGCAACGAGUGAAAAUUCAGACGAAUAUGCUUACUUAUUACAUGGAUUCUCGCUUCUUCUCGCUAUCGCUGCUUUUGAUCACUGCGUGCCGUACCAUGUGAUGAGGCUUUGGCCGGCUGUGCUGAUUCUGAUGACUUCUGAGAUCGUGUCGUCAACGUCGUAUACGGAGAAUCAAGUGAAAAAACGAUCGAAUUGUUUCAGCUGCGCCUCCUUUGCGUAUUUACCGUUGUGGAAUCAACUUAUGCAUCAUUACUUCCCUCCAAAAAAUUUCACCGAUCGUUGUUGGCAGCCGGAUGCAGGAAUUGGAACGGUUCCAUGCACGUCAGCGUGUUUCACAUUGGUGGAACGAAUAGACCAACAAGACUUUUUCACCGAACAACGCGGAGUACUGCGUGGAUGUGUGGAUCGACUACUGCUCUUCGGUCUUGACGACGACGUCAGAAGCGUGUUGUCCGCGUAUACGAACCAGCAUGUUUGCAGAGAAACAAACCGAAAGAUCCUACGCCUCUACCCGCUCAGUGAUGACAGCGACGUGGUAACAAUGUGCUCUUGCGUUGGAAACCACUGCAACGACCAGGACAUGUUGUUAGCGCUCAAUUCGUCCAUCAACCAACAAACACUCAUACAUCUCACUUUUUUGCUCUUUUUAUUGGAUACGCGAACGUGUCCCACUUCAAUUCGAAAUCGUUACGAAUGCGUGGCUGUCCACGUGACCUACGAUAAUCAGCCUGUCUUAGCCUACUGUAUCAUCAAUUCCAUGCCCAUAUUAAGUUUCAACGUGCCGCCGUGCAUGCACGCCACCCGUCUCGCUUCGUUCCUCUGCCAUAUGACGAUUGAUGAGGGAACCUGCACCUAUAGUUACGUCCAUAAGAUAUCGUUCACUGCAUGCUGA